AUGAGCAAGGAGAAGCACCACCGCGACUGGAUCCUCCGCCGCUGCUGCGGCGCCAUCGCCGCCUGCAUCCUCACGCUCUUCGCCGUGGUCGGCUUCAUCGUGCUCGUCAUCUACAUGGCGCUGCACCCCUCCAAGCCGUCCUUCUACCUCCAGGACGUGCAGCUCCGGUCCAUCGACCUCAGCGACCCGGCGCUGUCCCUCGACCUCUAG